AUCUGCUGCUUUCCAUCAGAAUGGCUUCAACCGAGCUGAAAGAGGAGCUGAAUUGUUCCAUCUGUCUGAGCAUUUAUACAGAUCCCGCCAUGCUGAACUGCGGUCACAACUUCUGCCGGGUCUGCAUCGGCCGGGUCCUGGACACCCAGGAAGGAAAUGGGCUCUUCACCUGUCCCGAAUGCCGGGCGGAAUUUCAGUCCCGACCCGCUCCGCAGAAGAACUUGAAGCUCUGCAACAUCGUUGAGUGCUUCCUGUCGUCGCGACCGAUGCAAGAGCAAGCCGGGAUAUUCUGCACCUACUGCGUCCAGUCCCCCGUGGCGGCGGUCAAGACCUGCCUGCAGUGCGAGACCUCGCUGUGUGACGUCCACCUCCGGGCGCACAGCAAGCUGGUGGAGCACACCUUGACCGAACCCACCACGUCCCUGGAGAACCGAAAAUGUGCCAUACACAAGAAGCUCCUGGAGUACUACUGCCCCGAGGACGCCGCAUGCAUUUGCGUGUCCUGCUGCGCCUUCGGAGACCACCGUGGGCACCAAGUGGCGCUCCUCUAUGAAGCCUCCAAGAAGAAGAAAGAGAAGCUGAAACUGGUCAUGACCAGGUUGACGUCCAAGGCGGCAGAGACGGAGAAGAGGGUGCAGAGUUUGCAGGAGCACAAGCAGAAGGUGGAGGAGAACGCAGCGGCCCUCACGGAACGCGUCAACUUGCUUUUUAUGGAAAUGCGGGACCAGCUGGAGGUCUUGGAGAAGAAGGUCCUGAAGGAGAUCACCAGCCAAGAAGAACAAGUCUCCCAACACGUGUCCCACCUCAUCCAACAGCUGGAGAUUGAGAAGGAGGAGCUGGCCAGGAAGAUGCACCAAAUCGAAGAGCUGUGCAGCAUCAACGACCCUCUGACCGUCCUGCAAGGAAGAGACAACAUCGGCUACGACCCCGAGGAGGACGGACAGGAGGACCGAAAGAGGGACGACAAAAAAGUUCACCCCGUCUGCGACCUUGACGAAGGACUCAUCUCGGUGAUCCUCCACACGGCCUUGAAGGACAUCGUCACCUGUUUAAAGUCGAAGCACGGCUUCAACAUGCAGGUGGCCUCGGACAUGCUCCUGGACGUGAACACGGCGGGGGACUACGUGGCCGUGUCGCGGAAUCUAAAAAUGGCUUCCUGGUCGGAGACGAAGCAGUGCCGCCCCAAGACGCCCGAGAGGUUCGUGAACUAUCACAUUCUGAGCACCCGGAUUUUCACCAUGGGCCAGAACUACUGGGAGGUGGAGACCAGCGAGUCCGGUUACUGGAUGGUGGGGUUGGCCUAUCCCAGCAUAGAACGGAAAGGGGACCGGGCCGUGACCGGCUACAACAAGAAGUCGUGGUGCCUGCGCAUGUCGGACAAAACCCACUCGGCCAUCCACGACUCGAAGAUCAACCCCUUGUACCCGGAAUCGGCCGUGCAGAGGCUGGGCAUAUAUCUGGAUUACGAGGCCGGGCGGCUUUCCUUUUACCAGCUCAGAGAUACCAUCCGGCACCUGCACACCUUCAUUGCCCACUUCACGGAGCCCCUCCAUGCCGCCUUCUGCGUUUACAACCAAUCCUGGGUCAGGAUUAGGAGCUAAGGCACCGGCCAUGUAAAGCGUACCUGCCAUUCGUGGAAAGCAAGGGUGGAGCUGGACCCGUGUUCAAGAGACUGCAGC